CGGCGCCGGACACCCGAGCCAAGGAUGCCCCGGGACCCGCAGAGCCUGGGAUGCGGCCUGCAAGGCCAGCCAGGGCAGCCUCGGCCACACAGGCCGAAAUCGACAGGAUGGAACGUGGCAUUCCACCCACACAGAAAUCCUAAGCAAACAGGAGCACCUAUGCGGACAUCUGAAAAAGUAGUUUAAAAUAAAAUGGAAGAGCUACCUGAUGAUUAUAAUGCUUGGCUUUCCAUUGGCAAAAAUCUGCCCACACUGAUUGAGAACGGCCAGCUCCGAGCAGAGGUUGAGAAGCUACCCAUGCUCAAUGUGGAUGAGCUCCGAGGACACAGGUCCCAACGCCUCGCGCAUUUGACUCUUGGCUGCAUCACCAUGGCCUACGUAUGGGGGAGAGGCGAUGGAGAUAUCAGACAGGUCCUGCCAAGAAACAUUGCUGUUCCAUACUGCACACUCUCGGAGAAGCUGGGGCUACCACCCAUUCUGGUUUAUGCAGACUGUGUGUUGGCAAACUGGAAGAGAAAGGAUCCCAGAGGGCCCAUGACUUAUGAGAACAUGGACAUUUUGUUUGCAUUUCCGGGUGGGGACUGCAGCAAAGGCUUCUUCUUGGUUUCUCUACUGGUGGAAAUAGCAGCCUCUCCCGCAAUCAAAGAAAUCCCCAAGAUAAUCAAGGCUGUGCGAUGUGAGGAUCAGGAGGCUUCAGAAGUGGCACUGCAACAUAUAUGUUCCUGCCUGAGAAAAGCCAAUGAAGUCUUUAAGGAAAUCCGCAAAUAUGUGGAUGCCAAUCAAUUUUUCAACGUUCUCCGCAUAUAUUUGUCUGGCUGGAAAGGCAAUCCGAAGCUGUCAGAUGGUCUGUUGUAUGAGGGGGUCUGGGACACCCCCAAAAAGUUUGCAGGGGGCAGCGCAGCCCAAAGCAGCAUCUUUCAGAGCCUGGAUAUCCUUCUGGGAACAGAGCAGAGUGCCAGUGGAGGAUCUGCUGCUGAGUUCCUCCAGGAAAUGAGAACAUACAUGCCACCAGCUCACCGGGCCUUCCUGCACGCCCUAGAGUCUUGCCCAUCACUCCGGGAAUUUGUCAUCUCAAGCCACAAUGCUAGCUUGCAAGAAGCAUAUAAUAGCUGUGUUCAAGCUCUGGUCUCCCUGAGGAGCUACCAUCUGACCAUAGUUGAGAAGUAUAUUCUGACUCCUGCACGCCAGCAGGCCAGGGAAAGCCAGGCAUCAGAAGAGUCACCAGACUCAGAAAGCAGAGGGACGGGAGGUACUGACAUCAAGAAUUUCCUAAAGGCUGUGAGAAAUACCACCCAGAAAGCCCUAUUGAAGGAUGUGUGAUGGAACCCUAGCAGGAGUACAUCUAGGAUUGAGGUGUGGCUCAAGAGAACACCUAGAAAACACAAGCUCAAAUCCCAGUGCCUUCCAAACAAAUAUUGUACUCAAUGCACAGAAUUCUGCCUAUAUUCCUUACUUUGCUCACUGGAUCGUUUUCAUGUAAGAAAAUAAUAAUAAUUACCUUUAUGAACAGGUUGAAAAUUAAUAUAAUUGAUACAAUGAUAACAUUCUAUAAAUAAAAAUUAAUAUAAGAUUAAAUAAAUCUCACUUCAUUUUUGUUUCA